AUGGAGGAGGAAUUCGUGGGACCGCCUUCGGGCUGGUUUGCCUCAUCGACGCCCUCUAGUAGUGCCAUGACGGCCAAAAGGCUGCCCUCGGAGCCCUUGACUCCGUUUCCGCCCUGGGAGGGAGGAGCCGACGAGGACGACGGGCCUGGGUCUUCACCCAUUCCGGAGAGCUCACCCGCGCGGGACCAGGUUGAGUUGCGUGCGGCGCAAUUUCUUCGUCGCCGUCGAGCCCUUCAUGUGGCCAUGGACGGUACCUUGCUCGUCGGACAGUGUCUCGUCUGUCUCGCUGUGGCAAGUGUCGUCUUGGGUGUCGUCGUGUGGAAAGAGGAGGGCGCACCGUCUCCCGACGGGGAUCUAUCUGGGGCCUGUUUGGCAACGAUGCUACUUGUCGUCUUUGCCGUAUGUCUCGGUACGCUCGUUGCGCACGAGGUACGCUUGCUGCGCACCGUCGUCCUGCUCUACCUGCAGGCGCUGAUCCUGACCAUGACCACGGGCGCUUCAUUCGCACUGUGGCUCGGCAUGCUCGCGACGGGCCAGGAUGUCGACCAGCUGGCCAAGGGCGUGGCCGUCGGCAGCAUCGCCAUGAUGGUCGGCACCGCUGCCGUUGCCUUUUCCCGAGCGGUGGCCGUCUGGUGGUGGGCGGUGGAGGUCUCGGGGAUGGAUGACGACGACGAGGCGACAGAGGAGGACGUUUCGGGGCAGUAG